UUAUAGUUAAGAUAAGAAAACUGUCUUUAAAAUAAUUUUUAUAAGAAAAUUAAUAAGAAAAUUUUAGUAAAAUUAUGAAGAAAAAUUGUUGUUAAGAAGUGGCUCGUUCUAUUUCCAAAAUGUAAGUGAUGCAAAUGACAAGUAAAUGCGCCAAAACUUCUCUUUGAUAGAAGACUCCUCCUAAAACACCUGUUUUGAUUUAUCGCUCCUUAAAUGGAGAAAAUAUACUACUGUAUAUAAAAAACCCAAUAGAGGAAGGGGUCGGAAGCCUACUCCCCUAGAAGUUGGUGCCAGUGAAAUACAUUUGUCGAGUUUGCUUUAAAAUUGUUGCAAAAUUUGUUUCUAUGCUAUUGCGAAUAAAUCUGUAAAUAUAUAUUCAUUUAUCAUACAUUUUUCUGCAAAAUAUAAUAACCUUCCACCCUCUAAUAAUGGGAUUGUGUAUUUUGUUGAACCUCCAGAAGCAAACUACAAAGAUUAACCAGAAUGCAGAAAACACCAAACCUAGCCUUAUUUGUCUUGGUGAUUCCAUUUAAAAAGUCUCUAUUUGUCCUAGAUUAAAUUAAACUAAAAUUACAAUCAACCGUAAAAGGACCGUUUUCAAAUGCUUGAUAAAGAUCCAUAAAUCAUCUAAGUAUUAGGCUAUCUAUUUACGAAUAAACCCUACAUACCUGAAACAUCAGUUAAGUUUAAGUUUCUGUUUUUCUCAAUUUUCCAUGGAGAGUCAAGUUCACCAUGGUUACUCUUUCCUUCUUUUAUGUAUGAUUGCGGAUAUACUAAUCCAAUGAAAAGCGUUUUAUUACUAAACGGUUUUAUAACAUAAAAUUCGAUUCAGUAUUCAUGCGCUAGAAAUAGGACAUUUCUACCUGGACAUUACACGCCAAUAAGCAAAUAAUUUAGCUCUCAUAAAACUCUCGUCAUGUGGUUAUUUUCAUUCAAAAUUUUAUAUUUAUUAAAUUCUAAUUUCGUUGAAAAGUGAUGAAGACAGAAAUAUAGUUGAAAAGCUCAUGGAAGCUUUCGAUGUUCUUUGUCAUAUGAAUUCUUUCAUCAUCAGCAACCGUAAAGUUCACGAACUUUCGCCGUGACCCGACAUGAAGUUUCUCGAAGCAGAAAAGGAGAGCCAUGUACUGCCAAAAGAAAUAAACUGGGUACUGCAUUCAAUUGUCAACCAUACUUCACUCUAAUUCACAGAAUUCUAGGCAUUCAAAAUUUGCACAGUUUUUGUCAUUGAUCCACCAAUCCGAUCCCUGUUGUUCCUUUAAAACAACACCCCCCUCCCACUGACCACACUGGUGUGGGAGGCUGCCACCGAAGAUUGUUUGUAAAAUAGAUGAAAUGGUAAUCGAAAAGUCUCUUAAUGUGGUUCCUGAAAGAGUAGGAGAGCUGAGCCCCCAAGCCCCGUCUCUGCCCUCCUUGCUCUUCUAAAGAUAUCGCAAAAGUGUACAAAUUAUUUACAAUUCUAAUCAGAUUGAAAAUAAACACCCUAUAUUAUCAAAUAUGCAGCCAAUGGCGCUAAUCGAAGCAGAAAGGCCAUGCCCCAGUGAUGAAUUCUUUAAAAUGCCUGUAGUGACACAAAUCAAUUUAUUUAUUAAGUCGAUACGUUGCAAACUUUCAGAAAUAAUAUUCAGUCUUAACAGCGUAAGCAUGUUCAUGUCUCCAGGUGCCAUCGCAAAUGACAUACUUUAGCUUCUAUGAUUUUUUUUUUUCAUGAAAAUUGCCGAUAUUGAAGCAUGGAUUUCUUCGCACCCUCAAUCAAAGUGAUAAAUUUUGCAAAUUGCCAUUCACUUAUGUUCAGGUAUGAGCAGGUGCCAAAAUAAAAAAGAUGAAAUUUUCGUUUUUAUAUGAUGGCAGCAGCACUUCCCGCAUGCACACCCCCCCUAUUUCUUGCCUUCUCCUACAAUCAGAACAUGUGCAUAGUGUGGCCGUGUCGGACCUGCCGCCGUAUCCCCAAGGAGCCGUAUGAUUGGCUCAUUUCUACCGUAUGAAUAAUUGAAGCGAAAUAAUUUGCACGUUUUGGUUGGACGUGAUUGUCAUGCAAAUGAGCCUGUCAUGGUUCGUGUUAUUUCAUUUUCCCGCCUGUCAGCAUCACGCCUAAAAAAGGCGUGUAUUUAUCUGAGGGAAUAUUAGUCAUUCUCGACACUCGACUAUUUGCGUCGUCAUUCGGCUAGUCGCACUCCGCGUAUAAAGUAUCAAAGUUUGGUUGGUCGUAGCGCGGGUUCGUUUUAUCAAUACGGGGCAUCGGUGAAUGAGGACUUACUGCAGUCAAUAAAGCGCUCGUAUCGAAUAAAGAGAAAUAACCACAAGAACGUAAGUGUCGGAAAGACAAUUCUUCGAAACAUUUGCCAAGACAAACUCAUUCUUCCAACCUAUUCUUUGAUCAGACUGAAACAGGCAGGUCAAUAAUCACUUGUGUCAAAAGACGUCUUUGACUCCGAACAAUUCGUUUGAACACACAACUAUUCAAGUUGAAUUCUUUAAUAUCGCGCUAUGCAGACAAUAGUUGUUUGAUCCUCUCUUGUCUAAGAACAUUCAGUACAUAGACAGGCAGUUGUUUUUUUAUCAUUCACGAGAAGGACAUUGAUUGUUGCCAUCUUUAGCUGUGUGCUUUAUUGACCCGAAAUCAAAGUCAAGAAUCAUGGGAAAGACAGAUAUUCCUCCAAGCGACGUUACACAUGUGAAAAGGCCAAUGAACGCAUUUAUGGUCUGGUCUCGUGGUAUGAGGAGAAAAAUGGCUCAGGAAAACCCGCGUAUGCACAACUCUGAGAUUUCCAAGAGACUUGGCGCUAUAUGGAAAGGUUUGACAGAACAGGAAAAGAAACCGUUUAUCGACGAGUCGAAACGUUUGCAAGCCGUCCAUAUUCAAGAACACCCUGACUACAAGUACAAGCCAAAAAGACGAAAGCCUAAACAGAUAAAAAAGGAUAUUCUUUACAACUCAUAUCCAAAUCCAGUUAGUGCUGCAAUGAUGGGAAUGGACGGAAAAUUUCCUGGUGCAAUGGCCCAGCUACCACAAGGUAUGAACUUUGGUAUGAGCCACGCUAGUAUGCAAGGGGGAGAAUCUAUGUAUGCUAAAUUAAAUCAGGCUGGCAACCCAUUUCACCCAUCCAUGGCACCAACAUAUCCAGUUAUAUAUCCUAAUUUUAACAUGGGUAAUAUGAAUAUAUCACAAAAUGCCAGUGGCUCUCCUUCACCAAACUCAAUGACAAGUCAUAGAUACCCGACAACGACCAUGGUAUCUGCGACAGAGAGCCCUGCCCACUCAUACCGUAGCGACUACAUGAACGGGGCUGCCAAGCAUUACAGCUACCCAACACAACAAAGCCCCUACUCAAGUCCCCCAGUCCAACAGCAGCAGGCUCAGACACAACAAACCCAGCAAUCAACCACACAGUUACGUUACCCUUCAGCUGAAGAUCAGCAACGGUCCGUCAUCUCAUCGACUGAUGCUGUAAUUAGCAAGGCAAAUUUAGGCGCUAGUACCACAACAGGCAGUUACACAAUCACGUCCUCUGAGAACAUGCAUUCAACGUCCGUUAGUGGAGGGGCAAGGGUUUGGCAACCCCAGCAAGACGUUUCAAGGCAAGUGGCAUAUGUACCUGUGUUACUUUAGAUGUAAUGAAUCUUUGCACUACAUGACACUGGCAGCUUCGAUGCUAACGAUUUUGUGUAUAGAACCUUAAAAACUGGGGCUUUCGUGUAAAUGUCAUUGUUUUUAGAUAUAAAGUGCUCUUAGAUGUGGAGGCAUGAGGUAUUGUAAGUAGAUUUUUACGUAACUGUCAACAUGAACGUCUUUCGGCAGGUAGGGUUUUUAUAUCACUUCGAUCAACCUGCACGCAUUCAAACCAUGCCGCCAUUGCAAGGAGGUGAAAGAAAGCACGUGAGUGCACCUUUGCUUAAAACGAGCCAAGGUUUCUCUGUCCGAAUCUCAUUGUUGUGACUUGAAUAGGGAAGGAACGUAACUAUUUAUGUCUUUUGUUUGAAGAAAUACCCGUACUAUAUUACAGCUUUUUGUUUAUGUGUUUUUAAACACAGGACAUAACCACAAAAUGCACAAGUGCUAGGAGAUAGCAACUCGUUGAAUCAUUUUUCUGGUUAACAGCGUUCAACAUAAACCUUUAUAGGUAGCCCAACAAAUAACGCUAGAGAAAUUUCUUUCAUACGUCAUGAACAGAGUUCUUCCCAUACAAUAAGCCGUUUUGUUAUUCUUAUUAAGUUUGUUUUGAUUGUUAUUGCCGGCCUGAUUCACUAAAUGAAUUUACGUCUUUCCUUUCAUAUUUUGAAUACGGCCCUAUGACACGCUUUUUUGGUUUAACGUACAAAUGAAAUCGCCCACAGGCAGGAUUUUUAUUGACAGAGCAUUAAUUGAGGAAGUGGAAGGUUGUGUGAUUUAACAAUUUUAAGCAUGAACCUUGAAAUGUUGAUUGACACUUGAGAUGGAGAGCAAUCUUCUAAGGGCAUUUGAAACAUUCGGCUUUCUAGUUUGGACUCUUGUUUUAGUGAAGAAUUUCAUGCAUGGUGAUAUUGAAUUUAUUUUUAGCAUUAGAAAAUUAACUAUGUUUCUUUCCAUGGUUAUGAAUUCAGCUAAAAAGUAUUCACACAGAGCAUUUUAAUUCCUUUGAACUUUCCAAAGGGGAAUAACAACUUUUUAUGAAGAAACUCGGGAACUUCGUAUGAAUAUCACAAAAUAACACUAAUUUUGGAUUUUAAAUCGCCAGAAAGAAUUUGAACACGAUAGUUUUUACCAUGAGACAUUUUUCUGUCUUUUUCAGUAAUCAGACAACCGUGUUAUGACAUCAUGAAUUUUAGUACAUCACUUAAGUCUGAUGAGAUAGCUUCCUUAUAUUUUUCGUGAUAUUAUCCUAGUCAAAAUCUCCUAAUUUGCACAUAGAGUCUGGAACGUUAUUUUAACCACUUUAUGGAUGGUUUUAUUGCUUCUUGCUUAUGUGCUUGUCGUAUUCGUACCAAUCGAAAAUUUGCUUCAUAUUAAAGUUUUAGUUAUUUGAGUUCCCUGAAGUUUUAAAAGUCUGAAAUGACAAGGCAAUCAUUCAAAAUUCAUCGAUCAAAAAAAACAAAAAUUUUGUAGGUAUAUUUUCAAACUACAGGCAUUUAAGAACAGCCAAUCUGAAAUCAUGGUAGAUUUUUGGCGGGCAUUUACCCAUGCACUUUAAAACCAUGCAAUUUCAAUUCCAUUGCUAAAAUGAAGUAAGAUAGGAGUCUUUCUUGUUCUAAGAUAAAAACCAAAGCUUUCUGGAAAUUGAAUUAAUGCAACUAUUUUAGUGUUCCUCGGAAGUUUCCUUUAUUAAUGUAUACUACUCCUUGGUUAUUUGGUUAAUUGGGGUUGUUACGAAUUCCCAAAAGGGUUUUUGUUACAAGUCACUUGUCCCUGAACGCCUGGCAGAAAUCGUAUCGGAGACCCGUAGAAAAGUAUACCCAUUUCUUAAGUGCAUAUUUACAGAAGACUGUGGCUUACAUGGUCAGCCACUUAUAGGAGUACUGUAUUUAGUGUAAGUCCGCUUUCCACGAGAUUGUAUUUAUGAAUUUACACAACCGUACAUUUGUACCAGUAUUUAAUGUCACUAUUUUGGUGCUCUUACGCAGCCAAGAAGUAUUCUUGCAUCGUCAUUGUAGAUUAGUUUAUAGUAAAAAAGACUUUGUACAUCCUUGUGUUUUGCGAGGGAACCUUUAUUUUUUAAUCAAGUCAUUUUUAUUUGAGACUCGUGUAAGUUAAAAGUUUUUGCAUAUUUGCUCUUAACGUCGCUAGAUAUAAAUUUUCAAAUGUGAAGCCUGCAUGUUCAAAACAUGAGGUCACGUGCAAGUUACAGGUUGGCAACCAGUACAACACACGCUUGUCAUCGUUGCCUCAUGAUUUGAGUUGGAGGGCCUUUUCUAGUUUGGGAUCAGCAGUAAAAAUCCGAAAGUCGAAGAACAAAUAUUAGAAACAGAGAUAAUA